CCUGAGAUCCUAGAGACAAACCCCAGACUCCCCUCCCCCUCUUUCUGCAUAUCCCUCCCCUCUGCGGAUUGAUUGGGGAGGCAGGGGAGCAGAGGUCUGGAUGGAGAGCCCUGGUACCUGCUGCCUCUGUGCUACCCUACUGCUGCUGGCCCAUUCUGGCUACUGAGCCCCCUGUCCUUGUAGCCCAAUGCUGGAUCCAAACCAGGGGAGGGUACCGUGUGGCUUGGGGAUUGUGAAGGCUGCUGCAGAAUGACAUGUGCUGGGGAUUAAACACUGUGUCUGUGGCUGCUGCAGGAUCAGACAGAUCAUUUAUCUCACACUGGACUGUAGGAUGGACUGAAGCAUCUUAGGAUAUUCAGACGGAACUCAGCUGAGCGAGCUGUCCUGGCCAUCUUCCCUGGCAGUGGUGGCAGUUUCCUUCUCCGGGCUCAUCACAUUCAUCUUCCUCAUGCUGGCGUGUUUGUGCUGCAAAAAGGGGGACAUUGGCUUCAAGGAGCUUGACAAUGUGGAAGGAGAGGAGUACACUACAGACUUCUCUAUUCAAAGCUCUCCAGCUGCACAGAAUGGACCUGAAGUUUAUGUCCUCCCACUUACAGAAGUUUCGGUGCCAAUGUCCAAACAGCCGGGGAGAUCAGUUCAGCUUCUCAAAUCCGCAGAACUGGGAAGGCAGAGCUUGCUUUACCUGAAGGAGAUUGGUCAUGGCUGGUUUGGAAAGGUCCUGCUUGGAGAGGUGAAUUCUGGGCUGAGCAGCACCCAGGUGGUGGUGAAGGAGCUGAAGGUCAGUGCCAGUGUGCAAGAGCAGAUGCUGUUCCUAGAAGAGACACAGCCCUACAGAGUGCUUCAGCAUGCCAAUCUGCUGCAGUGCCUUUCCCAGUGUGCAGAGAUCACUCCCUAUCUGCUGGUUAUGGAAUUCUGCCCUUUGGGGGACCUUAAAGACUAUCUACAGAGUUGUGCUGCCUCUGAAUCAACAGCCCCAGACCCCCUGACUCUGCAGAGAAUGGGUUGUGAGGUGUGUUGUGGGCUCCUCCAUCUGCACAAGCAUAACUAUACUCACAGUGACCUUGCCCUUCGGAACUGUCUCCUGGCCGCUGACCUGACCGUGAAAAUUGGGGACUACGGACUGGCGCAUUCCAAGUACAGGGAUGAUUACCUUGUGACGUCGGACCAGCUGUGGGUGCCACUGCGCUGGAUUGCGCCGGAGCUCAUCGACGAGGUGCAUGGGAACUUGCUGGUGGUGGAUCAGACCAAGGCCAGCAACAUCUGGUCAUUGGGUGUUACUCUAUGGGAGCUGUUUGAAUUGGGAAGGCAGCCGUACCCUGAGUAUUCUGAUCGCCAAGUCCUCUGCUAUGUCAUCAAGGAACAGCAACUCAAACUGCCCAAGCCUCAACUUAAACAUCUGCUCUCGGACCGCUGGUUUGAGGUAAUGCAGUUUUGCUGGCUACAACCUGAGCAGAGACCAACUGCAGAGGAGGUACAUCUUCUGCUUUCUUAUCUGACUGUGAAAGGAACCAGCGAGCUGGAGGAGGAGUUUGAGAAACGGUGGAAUUCUAUGAAGCCUACUGGUGGCACAGGCAGCGGUAGUCAUCACGAGACUGAACUCUCUUCAUACCCACUGCUCGAGCACUUUUCCUCUGAUGGAUUUCACACUGAUGGUGAUGAUGUGCUAACUGUUACUCAGACUAGUCAGGGACUAAAUUUUGAAUACAAAUGGGAGAGUGGCAAACAUGAACAGUACCCUCUAAAUCCAGGCUGCCCGGCAUACCAAGACAUGUACUUUACUUCAAGUACUGGGGACAGGCUGAGUCUAGGAGUAUCUCCAUCGUGCUAUGAAAGUAAGGAGGGAAAUUCUGGUCCUUGUCCACUUGAGGUAGUUCCAGUUCUUAGUGCUCACAGCCCAUCAGUGGCAGGAGAUUAUUAUAUUCGUAUUGAAGAACCUUUAAGCAGCAAUGUUAACCAAAACUGCAGCCCACAAUAUGGAGAAUACCCUAUACAAGAAAAGGAGAAUACUGAGGAGGAUCUAAGUGACAAUAGCCCUUCUAUUUCUUUAUCUAUGGAGCCUUUAACUGAUGAAACAAUCUGCAGUAAUAAACAGGACAAGGUUCUAGAGAAAAGCUAUGAGUGUUCUGAAAUGGCUGAUACAUCAGAAGAGAUUCAUGUGAAAGAACCCUCACAAGAAGAAGAAUGUUGCUCAGUUGCAUUUUUGGACCCCCUAGGGGUCGCUCCAAAUUUGAAGCAGCUUUGUCAGGCUAGCUUAGGCUCAGCACAAGUGGCAUUUUUAAAGAAUUCGGAAUCUGAAGAUACACGAUCUAAUGUUUGUGAAACACAAGUAGAUUCUGUAACACUGAAACUUGAAAAUGAAGGAGAAACCCAACAGUAUAAUGAAUUUCAGGAAGAUCUACCUACUGUGACCUCUCACUUAGUGGCCUUUUCCCCCCACUGGGCAUCAAACAUCUCCUCAAACAACAAUAUCUCCACUACUCCUCUUGACUUCAGUUCUGCAUCCUGGUGCAAUCGCCGUUCUGGCGAUUCCCAGAAAGUCGACAAAGAACCCUAUGGUCCUGAAUCUUGGCAGAACAUGGAAUCAGGGGAAGGAGAGCCUACAGGAUGUUUGGCAGAGUUAGAAUGCCAUGAUAAAACUUUGGUUGAUGGUGAGAAAUUCAAAGAUUGGUUAGGAAAAACCCUUGACAUAUCUUUAACGCCUUUAGAAGCAAAAUUGAGUGACCUAAAAAUAACCCAGAACACAGAAUAUAUAGAACCCCUUCUUUCUACUAUGGAGCAUCAAACUAAUGCUGACAGAGAGUCUGAGCAUGAAACUGAUCCACUUGGUGCUAGUAUAAUAGGGUACUGUACUGCCCCUGCACAACCAGAAGCCAUGCAUUCUCUUAAUAUAUCCAAAGAAGGGGACUAUGUUUCUCAAGAGAUCUGUUCACCGAUAUUGACAGAUGAAUUCAGUGGUCAAUGUAUUUCACCCAUCAAAGAAAGGGAAAGCCCUGAGGAAUCCUUCCCUACAGAUUUAUAUCAGAGUGAUGAUGAAGACACAAUGGAGAUUACCUCUGGGGUCUUUACUGAUCUUUCCAGUGAAAGGGGCGAUAUUGUUCAAACUUUUAGAUCUCUUCAGAAGCAGGUUGGCACUCCAGAUUCUUUGGACUCUCUGGAUAUGCCUUCCACUGCCAGUUCAUGUGAGGCCUUCAGCCUCGGAACAUACACCCCCUGUGGGCAGCACAAAGCUCUAGAUAGUGGCUAUGAUACUGAAAACUAUGAGUCACCAGAAUUUGUACUGAAAGAACCUACAGAUAGCAGAGAAUCUGAUACUUAUUGCCAGGGAAAUCAUGAAACUGGUCUUGGGUCAGAAGAAAUGCCAAUAUCUAGAUCAGUAAGCAGUGAUCUACAAGGCUUGGAUGCCAAGAAUCCAUACAGAGACUCUGCAUACUUUUCUGACUAUGAGUCGUUUACCCGGGAAGAAGAAGAAGUUGAUGGUGAUCAAGAACUAGAUGGGGUGACUAAGGAAAAAGAUUCUUUGGAGAUUCAGGACUGCAAUCUAGAAAAGUGUUCUGAUGAUACAAAAACUGAUACAAAGGGUUCAGUAACUUCUCAGCACCAGGAAAUCCCAGAUAACAGUUCACCUCUACCUUCUCUACCUGUGCCAAAAGACUGUUUAUUAGUUCAGCCCCAGCUCAUGGUGAGGCAAGACUCAGUGGAUGAAGGGCUAGGUCUUGAAUGUCAGAAAGAACACUCUGUUGAAAAACUUUCUCCUUUGCCUUCAUCUGUAGAGUCAUCUUCACACAGGACCUUCACACUGUCACCAGUUCAGUUGUGCCUGACAAAAGAAUGCACUGUUAAGCAAGGGACUCUGGGUAGUAUCACCCUCACUACUGGCCUUCAAAUGGAAGAAAAGGUGAUUUCUUGCAACAAGGACACUCUGAGUACUCACCACGUUACAAAAUGCCUUUCCCCUCCUCUUCCUCGUAAAGAUGGUAAAGGUGGAGAUUCUUUGGAUGAAGAGGAUGAUGAAGAAAGUGAAGAUAGUGAUGAGUCUGAUGAAGAACUCAGGUGCUAUAACAUCCAGGAACACAGCGAGGAAAGUGAGGAAGAGCAUGGCAUAAUUCCCAUUGUCAUAACAGAUAAUGGCAGCUCUGGACACCUUAGAAGUCUUCUGAAGACACCCAGCUUCUUACCUGAAGCAGUCUGCACUGACUUUGACAGGAAGAAGAAAGUGGUGUCCUUUUAUGAUGAUGUCACUGUGUACUUAUUUGAUCAGGAGAGCCCAACGCGUGAGCCAGCAGAGCAGGACUUCCCAGAAACACCUCCAAAUAAUGGGCCAAGCAUUGUGCAACAGGAGGUGGAACAGAGAGCAUGUGUGAAGCCUGGGAAUGGAACCCUUCUGGAAGAAAAAGGUGUUGGGUUUGAGUGGGAAGAUGACUUUCAUCUCACAAAAGCAAAAUCCUCAUUUGUAACCUCACUGUCACCGGAAAUGGUAAAGUCAGAGAACAACAGCCCCAGCCUCCCUGCCCCUGUGCCCAUCCAGAAGCCAGCACUGCCUGUUCAGUUUUCUAGAUUCAGCGUGUCUCCGACCUCCCUGUCCCGCUUCUCCAUCACUCAAGUGGCUGAUUCUGAUUUGAAAUCUGUGGGAGCAGGAAAUCGGGAGCCCGGAGAGCGCUUGUAACAAGGAGCACAUUUUGAUUUUAGCGCUCAUAUCCGAGCGUCUGAAGCUCAGGGCUGGACGACACAGACCACAGAGUUGUGGGUUAUCGGAAAAGUUUUUUUUUUUUUUUUUUUUUGAACUGAUGUUCUCUUUGCUGCUGUCCAAGAAAUCUUUCCAUAACCUACCACACGUGCGCUCAGUUGUGUGUAUGCCUCGUGUACCUGCCUGCCAGUGUGUGAUUGGUGUCUGGGUGUUGCAGUGAUUUCUCUGAAAAUGCAGAGCUAUGGUUUGCACUCAGGACUGCUAGGAGACACAUGGACAUUUAUCUGUAUAUUGCAGUGUGCUAUGUUGUAUGCAAAGGUAUAUGUGUGAAUGUGUGUGUGCAUAUAUAUAUAUAAUAUUAUAUAUAUAUCUUUGCGUGUUUCAGAUAGGAUUGUGUGUGUAUACAUACUGCACUGUUCAUGUAUGCAUCCCUUAUGACUACUUUUCCAAGGGCAUCCUUAUUUUGAUGAAGGCAGGUUUUUAAGGCUUCUGGGACCAUAGACUGAUUUAUUGUACAUACCGAGGUUUUUUUUUUAGCCUUUUAUCUCUUUUUUCCCUGGCUUGCUGAACAUCUGGAAGACUAGCUGAAACCCCGCUACAGCUUGCUAUCUAAAGCACAGACUCCUGGAGAUAAAGUGCCAAUAUCUGCAAGACUGACUCUGAAUUAGAUAUCACCCUUCAAUAUGCUCCUGUGCAGCCUGGCAUUGCUUCUGUCUUCCGUGUGUAUAUCUGCCAUUAAUAUUUUCAUGGACAGAAAGGGUUUGCCACAAAUGAAUUAAGUCGAGAGAGGUAUAAAUAAUUCCUUUAUUUUCAGCUUUGCACGGCACUGCUAUAAAUUAACGAGCUGGCUUAUUGCUGAAGUAGCACCUUUAUAUAUAUAUAUUUCAUCUUGCAACUGAUCUGGAUAAAAACAUGAAACUAUCCUCUUCACUGAGGGCCCAUCCAUAUGAGUGAUGCACAACAAAGCAGUAAAGGAUUCUGGGUCAAUCAUUUCAAAAUUAUUGGCUACUACAGAGUGACGCUUUCAGCUGCUGGGCAUAUUAUCCAAUGGAAGCAUUCAGAUACCUAAGUUUAAAGUGUGGGGCAGCACAGUACAGGUUGAACAGAAUGGCUGGACCCCCAGUACCUUGUAUAACGCAUAGUGGGACUACAACAGAAAAUACUGAUAUAUUGCUAGAUCUGUCUGUGCAGAGGUUGCAUAGACGUAUAAAAUUAUUUAUAUUUUGUAA